UAUACCACUAGCUGUCUCUGACAGUCUGACUGCCAUAGCACUGCACUACUACGUGGGAGAGGUGUCUCGGAUCUUUCCUCGCCGACACGAGCCAUGGACGCCGCCACAGAGGGAACGGCCAGCGGCGGCGUCUUCGUACUCCUACUCCUCCUCGUUGCCGGUGUCGUCGCCGUCUUUUUGCGGCUGAGGCUACGGUGGGGGGACGGGAGCAGCGGCGCGCCGAGCCCGCCGUCGCUCCCGCUGCUCGGCCACCUGCACCUGCUCAAGAAGACGCUGCACCGCUCGCUAGCCGCGCUCGCAGGGGCGGCGCCGCUUCUGUCGCUGCGGCUGGGCGCGCGAAGGGCGCUGGUCGUGUCCACGCACGCGGCGGCCGAGGAGUGCUUCACGGCGCACGACGCGGCGCUGGCAGGCCGGCCGCGGAUGCUCGCCGGGGAGAUCCUCGGCUACGGGCGCACCACCAUCGUGUGGGCCUCCCACGGGGCACACUGGCGCGGCCUGCGACGGUUCCUUGCCGUCGAGCUCUUCUCAGCUUCCCGCGUCGCCGCUCUCGCCGCCGACCGCCGCGCCGAGGUCGCGUCCCUCGUCGAGAACCUGCUCCACGACGUCGACGCCAGCGCCGGGGGUGGGGGUGGGACUGUCACGCUCCGGCCCCGGCUCUUUGAGCUGGUGCUUAACGUGAUGCUGCGCGCGCUCACCGCGCGCCGGCAUGCCGGCGACGUGGGCAGGAUCCAGGAGAUCAUCGAGGAGACGUUUGCGGUGACCGGCGCUCCCAGCUUCGGGGACUUCUUCCCGGCGCUUCGCUGGGUCGACCGUCUCCGCGGCGUCGAGGCGGCGCUUGCAAGCCUGCAGGCAAGGCGUGACGCGUUCGUCACUGGCCUCAUCGAUGACCAACGGCGGAUGCGCAACGCAGGCGGACGAGACGACGUGGACAAGAAGGGCGUAAUCGACGUGCUCUUGGAGCACCAAGAAACCGAUCCCGAGUAUUACAGCGACACCGUCGUCAAAGGCAUUGUCUUGGUACUGCUCACUGCCGGCACCGACACAUCGGCGCUGACCACCGAGUGGGCGAUGGCGCUGCUAAUGACGCACCCGGCGGCGAUGGCGAAGGCGAGGGCCGAGAUAGAUGCCAUUGUCGGCAUGGAUCGAUUGGUUGACGAGUCGGACCUAGCCAAUCUACCUUAUCUACAGUGUGUUGUCAAGGAGACGCUUCGGCUCUGCCCCGUCGGCCCGAUCAUCCCGGCGCACGAGGCCAUGGAGGACUGCACUGUGGGUGGCUUCCAUGUCCCGCGCGGUACGAUGAUCCUCGUGAACGCUUGGGCGAUACACCGGGACGCCAAUGUCUGGGACGCGCCGGAGGAGUUCAGGCCGGAGCGGUUCUUGGGCAGGGACACGGUCACCACGCCCAUGCUGCCGUUCGGGCUUGGCCGGAGGCGAUGCCCUGGGGAGGGCCUGGCGAUGCGCCUUGUUGGCUUGACUCUUGCAACGCUCGUGCAGUGCUUUGAGUGGGAUGUUGGUCAAGGCGACGCCAUUGACAUGGCUGAAGGUGGGGGGUUGUCAAUGCCGAUGGCGACGCCGUUGGCGGCAGUCUGCCGGCCCCGGGAGUUUGUCAAGAGUGUGCUCUCUGCUUCCGCUUGAUGGACUGCGAACGGGUCUCUGAAGGAAAAGAAAAGAAAACUUGGAUUAAAAUUGUUUAGCAGUGGCGCACUGGUGCCAGGGAUCGUCGAGAUCCCUUAACUAAACAAGUCUCCUACUCAUGCUCGAUAGAAAGGUUCGUGGCCAGCCGUGCGAUAUCUGUUGUUCAGUUUUUCUUUAGUCUGUUUUAUAAGAAGACUUUUUAGUA